CCUCCUUGGAAGGGGGGCGUGGAGGCAACCGGGAUCAGCCUGGGGCCAGCAUGAGCCGGAGGGAGGGAAGUCUGGAAAACCCCCAGGCUGACUCCUCAGUCUCAUCCCUUCCCCUCUUGGAGGCCAAGAUCCAUCAGACACACAGCCUUGCCCGCCUCCUCACCAAAUAUGCUGAGCAACUGCUCCAGGAAUAUGUGCAACACCAGGGAGACCCCUUCGGGCUGCCGGGCUUCUCUCCUCCGCGGAUGCCUGUGGUGGGCUUGAGCGCUCCGGCACCGGGCCACGAGGGCCUGCAGGCGCCCGAGCGGCUGCAGCUGGACGCCCGGGCACUGGCCGCGCUGCCACCGCUGCUCGACGUGGUGCGCCGCCUGCAGGCCGAGCUGAACCCGCGCGCGCCGCGGUUGCUGCGGCGCCUGGAGGACGCGGCGCGCCAGGCCCGGGCCCUGAGCGCCGCGGUAGAGGCAGUUCUGACUGCGCUGGGGGCCGAGCCCCGCGGGCCCUGGCCCGAGCCCGCCGCCGCCGCCACAGCCGCUGCUACCGCCGCCGGCGUCUUUCCCGCCAAGGUGCUGGGGCUCCGCGUGUGCGGCCUCUAUCACGAGUGGGUGAGCCGCACCGAAGCCGACUUGGGCCAGCUGGUGCCCGGGGGCCCCUCCUGAGCGCGGGCGCGGCCCUCAGUUCUCUGACACCUUCUCCUCACCUGUCUUCAUCUCUCCAUCUCUCUCAGUGUCUCCAUCUCUCUGUCUCUGUCUGUUGUCUCUCUUUGCGUUGUAUGCUCUAUCUCAUUUUUCUCUAGGGACCUUCUUGUCUCCAUAGUGACUUUCCAUGUCUAUCAUAUUCUUGCUUUCUCCCUCUUUUCUCCAUCGCUUGAGUCUGCCUAAGUCUCUCUUGGUCCCCCCUUUACCCAUUUCUGGGGGGGCACUCUGUACCCCCUUUUCCUCUCUUAUCUCCUUUUAGCCCCAUAUAAGCACAUGUACAGCUCAGCCUCAUCUCAAGAAGGGGACACCUUGUCACUGUUUCCCUCUGUCCCUCUCCCUUUCCCCAGAGUCAUUUCGCCUGCUGCCCUCUCCCUCCCCCAUCCCAUCCCUGCCCUCUCUCCCUUUCAUGCCCUUCCCCUCCUUCACUUCCCUCUGCCCUAUUCUUGCAUCUCCUCUUCCCCCAAACCAGGUCUGUGAAGAGAAACACUUUACACCUUAAAAGAGUUUCAUUUCUGAUAAUAAAU